AUGGCCCCAACAUGCUCGGAUCCACGACAGAUCGUCAUCAGUCUCAACCCCGCACGACGCCAAGCCCUUUGGAAACUCGUCAAUGAAAUCACUGAUUUCAUGAGCUCCCAGCUCGACGUUGCUGACGAUGAGCUGGGCCCUGUCCUAUCUACCCCUCGUGAUGAGAGUGGACCUUCAACACCCAGGGACGAAGACCCCGAGACGCGCGUCCAGCAGCCAAACAGAUCAGCCCAGUCCCUGCGCAUCCAAAGGGCUGCACUGAAGCACCUGGCAGAAUGGAAACGGGAAUUUAUGCCCAAGCUCGAAGAGAUUAUCCGUGUCAAGGAUGAUCAGAAAAUCCAGGAAGAGAGACGCAAGCACCAGCAGGCACUGGAGCAAAAGAAGCUCGACACACCUGAAGAAGGCGAGAAUCUCAUCAGUUUCGGAGAGACCAAGAUCGACAAGUUGGAGGAUGUCACCUCGCUCCAGGCUCUGUACCACCCCAUCCCGACGAGACUGACAACUAUCCCAUCGGAGGAUAGAAAGGAAGCUCUUUCAUGCAUCUUGCUUCUCAUUCUGUCUACGGGCAAGUAUUCGGCUCACACACGAGCGCUGGCGCUCUAUCUUGCCUCCUCACUGGAGCUCUCACAGUCCUUCAUCAUCAAUGAGGAGAUUGAAAUCGCCAAGGCCCUUCUUGAGUCCUCCAAGAAUGGGGAUAAGCAGAAAGAGGUCAUGUCUGCUGAGGCUGAAGCAGCCAAGCGCAGACAGGAUAACAAGUUCAACCGAUUCUGGAAGGUUGGACUUGCUUCCGUUGCGGGCGCGGCAGUUAUCGGUGUAACUGGAGGCCUGGCUGCCCCCUUGGUUGCCGGCGCUGUCGGUAGCAUCAUGGGUGGCGUAGGCUUGGGAGGCGUUGCCAGUUUCCUCGGUAUCUUUUGGAUGAACGGUGCUCUUGUUGGCGCUCUAUUUGGCGCAUACGGAGCCAAGAUGACGGGCGAGAUGAUGGACAAGUACGCCAAGGAAGUCGAAGAUUUCCGGUUCAUCCCUCUCAAGGAAGAAUGGGGAGAGGUUUUCAACGCUGAAAACCCACAAGACGAGCAAGAACGCCGCCUCCGUGUCACUAUUGGAAUCAACGGCUGGCUUCACUCCGAGCAAGAUGUCACUAAGCCAUGGCGCAUCAUGAGUGACGAUAGCGAGGUCUUUGCCCUCCGAUACGAGAUGAAGACUCUCAUUGCCCUCGGACAUGCACUGCGUACCCUGGUCGAGUCGUUUGCCUGGAAGAAGCUCAAGCUUGAGAUCCUGAAGCGAACCGUCCUCGCAACUCUCCUUGCCGCCCUCUGGCCCAUCCAGUUGCUCGCUGCCGCCUCCAAUGUUGACAACCCCUUUAACCACGCAUACAAUCGGUCUCGCAAGGCUGGUCAGCUCCUGGCGGAUGCCCUCAUCAACAAGGUUCAAGGCGAGCGGCCUGUAACACUGGUUGGCUACUCUCUUGGUGCCACGGCUAUUCAUGCUUGCUUGCAGUCCCUUGCCGAGCGUCACGCCUUUGGGCUUGUAGACACCGUUGUCCUAAUUGGAGCACCCGCGCCUUCAGCACCCGGUCACUGGCGUACGCUUCGCACUGUCGUCUCUGGAAAGAUCUUCAACGUGUUCUCCGAGAACGAUCUUAUCCUCGGUUUCGUGUACCGCGCACACAGCCUCUCUAUGGGAGUUGCCGGCUUGCAACCGAUCCCAGACGUCGAAGGAAUCGAGAAUCUUGACUUGAGCGAGUCCGUCAGCGGUCAUCUGCGCUAUCCGGACCUUACUGGUGAGAUUCUUCGCAAGUGUGGAUUCGUGGGCGUCAAGGCGGCACCAGAGAUCGAGAAGGAUGACCUCAUCAAGAUGAAGGACCACCAGGCCGAGGGUGACUUGCUCAACUUUGAUGGAGCGCCGGCAUAUGAGGAACGGAAGAGUUCUCAGUCGCCUCGCCAGGAGGAGAUUGCGAGUGAUCUCCGUGGGCUUAACAUCUCCCCGCCCGGCCUUGUGUCCCCCUCACAGCCUCCAGUUCAGGAUAAGCAGGCUGAGAACCCCCCUCUUCCUCGGCGUCCAACCAACCAUGACGACGAGGAGCCCGUGCCGAAGCUCCCUCGACGUCCUACGACCAACGAAGAAAAGCCAAAGCAGGAGACAGCACCCGGUCUGCCUCGUCGCCCAACCGAGACUGAAAGGGAAGCUAAUCCUCCCCUGCCAAAACGCCCGACAGAGCCUACAGACGAAGAUCUGUCAUCAUGGGCAUGGAAGCAAGACCGACCCUGGACACCAGAGUCAAACAAAAGCGACGACGAAGAGUUCGGGGGCAUCGUCAUGGUUAACUACGAUACCGAUGGGAGUUCGAAAUAA